CGUUGUGUGAAAGCUGUAAAAAACGAAUAAAAUGUUGUACAAAGCGACCAAGUACGAGUUGGAAUCGCGAUACUGCCAGUAAUAUUUUUACUAACAUUAUCUUUCUUUCACAGGCAUGUACUAAGUGACGGUAGACUGGUGGUUGGCGCGAGGCGAUCACUGAUGGACGCGGGCAGCGGCGCGGGCGCAAUGCUGCGGUGUCGCGCUUCCAACAGAGCCGGCACCGUCCUCUCUAGACCUGUCAUGCUGCAACCUGUGGAAGACAACGUGCUAUCCCACACAUGUCGUCAGCUGACUCCGGCGAAGGUCGGUGGUGCGGUGGUGCUGCGCUGUGAACUGUCUCCGCAGGUCGGGCUGGUGGAUGUGACGUGGCUUCAAGAUGGACUGCCUCUGUCGUCUGGGUACUUGAGUGGAGAGCCUCGAUGGGUGUCAGGAGCCAACGGUAUCCUUUUAGGUCUAGACCUGACACAGGCGGAUAUCCAGGCAGAAUAUUCAUGCGUAGCUCUCGACACUCCCAGCCCGCCUUUGAAACUUACUACAGACGACAGCAGCUGGUUGGAAAACAUCGAGCUUAAUUCAGUGGAGGCGAGGGCUGGUGAUACUGUAGUAUUACCGUGUAUCUUAAGACAUAUCAGUGGACAUACAGUUAGUUGGCAAAAACAAGAAGCAUCCAGCACUUGGGUGGCAGUGUCGGGGGAGGGGAUAGUACGUGGAGGUGCAUUAGUAAUAUCUAGUACGAGAUCCCAUCAUGCGGCAAGAUACGCCUGCUCUUCAAACCCGGAGUCACCAACAAGAGUUCUAGUCAAACUGGUGGUAUAUGAACCGUUGACUGUUACGGUCGCACCAAAUCCUUUGAUGAUAGGCACAGGUGGUACCGGCCACCUGAACUGCUCGGUGCACGGUGGUCGCGGCGGCGGCGUGACGCUGAGUUGGCAACACGAAGGCCGUCCAUUACACGCGCCGCAGCCACGCCUUGCCCUUGGUCCAGUACGGUCCCACCACGCCGGCCUCUACCAGUGCACUGCUCAUGAUCAUUCCGAUUCAGCCGUGGCUGGUGCCGAGUUGGUUAUUGCUGACAGGCCGCCGCGGCUGGUGUCGACGUUCAGCGGAGCCGUCACCAGAAUCGGACAGAGCAUUGUCAUAAGGUGUGCGGCCACAGGUGUGCCCUCGCCUCGUAUACUCUGGACUUUAGAUGACAGACCGCUGCCGGCUGCGCCAGACAAGUAUAGUGUUAAUACUAGAGCUGAGUCGGUACCGGGAAGCGAGGAAGGCACAAUCGUUUCUACAUUGAGUGUAACAGUUAGGACAGCGGACGAGGGUGGUCGAUACGGAUGCAACGCCACUAACUCACAGGGUUCUCAUGCACAUCAAGCACGUUUAAAUGUAUAUGGUCCCCCAAAUAUCAGAUAUUUACCAGCAUUACACGUUAAGACUGACACGGAUGUGACAAUACACUGCCCAUAUUCAGGAUAUCCUAUCAAGGAAGUAGUUUGGCGUCGAGAAGAUGGUUCUUUAGUAGAAAAUGUAAUGGACUCGAGUGACGACCGAGGAGUUCUAAGACUGAAUGCAGUUCGGAGCGCUGCAGCUGGAAGCUACACUUGUGAAGUGAGGGCUGAAAGCGGGGAGCUCGCUCGGAGAACAGUGAGACUUGAAGUCCAUAAACCGCCGAAGAUAGCACCAUUUCAGUUUCCGGAGGAACUUGAAGUAGGUGGCAGCACUCAAGCUACCUGCAGUUUAGUGUCAGGAGAUAAGCCUAUACAGUUCACUUGGCAUAAGGACAAUUUGCCAAUACCUUCGAUGCUUAAAGUUGAACAGAAAAACAUGGAUUUCUUUUCUCUGCUAAUCAUACAAGACUUGACGUCGGCACACAGUGGCGAGUACACUUGCAGAGCCACUAACGACUUCGGAACAGUUAGCCACAGCGCCUCGCUCAUUGUCAAAGAAUCGCCGACGUGGGUGUGGCGGGCGCAGAACACGUCGGUUUCGGCUGGAGCUGCCCUACUCCUCCCAUGUUCGGCAAAAGGACAGCCUACUCCUAGAAUAUCAUGGGAAUAUUCUACAGAUGGUGACAACUGGCGACACGUGUUAUGGGGUCAGACAGAGGCCACUGACACUAGUGGAGGUUCUGUUCUGAUAGACGGUACAGUCUGGCUCAAAGCUGCCAGCCCCGAGCAAGAAGGAUGGUAUCGCUGCACCGCAAGAGUCCAACACUCCUUCCUACACCACUCCUUCUACCUCGACGUAAGAGAGCCUCCAAGACUGAGCCGAAGUGGUAGUGGCGAGACGCGAUGGGUAGUGAGAGGCACUACCGCUCGCCUCUCGUGCACCGUGAGAGGCGAGCCUGAGAUACACGUGCAUUGGACACACGACUCCAGGCCACUGUCACUGCAUGGUUCGGGAGGAGUAGAAAACCGGGAAACAACUGCAGGAGCGAUGACGUCAGAGGUGACGAUACCUCAUGCAGGACCAGAACAUGCUGGAGAAUACCGAUGUCUAGCCAGAAACCUGUAUGGGAGCGAUGAACUCGUCUACCGGUUAUUUGUCAAAGAGCGUCCAAGUGUGCCCGAAGAGAUGCGCGUCUCGGAGGUCUGGUCGCGCAAAGCCCGCGUCACGUGGCGCGUGGCUAGAGGCGCGCUCGUGUCGCACUACUCGCUACAAUACCGCGCCUUGACGCGCGACUUGUCACACGCACCGCUCGACGCGCCGCUCCCACCGCUGCUCGACAACUGGGACACACCAGACGUCUUAAACGUCACAUUGGCUAACUCCGAUUUACUGCAUAUUGCUUCGGAAGGACCAGGGCGCGCGGGCGCGUCCGUAGCGGGUCUGUUACCAGACACGCGUUACGCUCUACGUAUGGCAGCAUACAAUGAUGUCGGAGCGUCAUCGUACACCACUCCAUUACACUUCACGACCAGGGAAGAAGCACCGGGAGGAGCACCUCGUGACAUUACCGUGCGGGCUUUAAGAGCUCGCGAACUUUAUAUUACGUGGCAGCCGCCUCCUCGUGAGACAUGGCACGGUACUUUACUUGGUUACACGAUCCGCUGGUGGGAGGUCUCAGAAGAAGGAAAAGGUACUUUGACUGAUAGCCCUGGAUCUGAGAGUGGGGCCAGUGCUGAUGCCACUAGUACGACGCUGCGAGGGUUGAAGGCGGCGACGAGAUAUGGAGUCACAGUCAGAGCGUAUAACGCAGCCGGCACUGGACCCCUCUCACCACCACAUUACCGACACACACUUGAAUCACCGCCAACCGGGGGCCCAGAAGGAGUGGCCUGCAUAUCCAGCGGGUCCACAUCGCUCCGGGUGUCAUGGCGUCCUCCCACCAUCGAUACUAGAGGAGGGAUCAUCACGCAUUACACUCUGCAGUACACUAGGAGAGAUGCUGACCCCAUGCUGCCCACUCAAGACGCAUAUUUGCGGAUACAGGGUGAAGAAGCAACAGUUUCCCGUUUAACUCCAUACGCCGAGUACGAGAUCCGAGUGCGUGCGCAUAACGCGGCCGGCGACGGUCCACUGUCAGCACCUCAAGUGUGCAGGACUGAUGAAGAUGUACCCAGUGCCCCCGGUGGCAUGAAGCUGAUAGCUCUGGGUGAACGAUCACUGCGAGCUUCUUGGCUUCCACCUCCAGAACCCAACGGGAAACUCACACACUACACUCUUCACGUCAAAGAUCUAUCCGGGUCGCAAGAGCCGAAUGUAACUCGUGUGAACCCGUGCACGGAGGUGGAAGGUAUCACAACCGAAUGCAUGCGGACCAUGCGAGGGUUGCGCGCUGGAAGGACAUACGAGGCUUGGGUUCGCGCCGUUACUGCUGCAGGAGAAGGACCUCCUUCACCCGCUGUGGCCUGUCAGACCAGCUCUCUGGCUCCGGCCCGGAUCUCAUCAUUCGGCGGCGUGGCGCUGGGUGCAGCGGGCGGCUCGCUGUCCCUGCGCUGCGUGGUCGGCGGCGCUCCGCCCCCGGCCAAGCGCUGGCUGCGGGGGGGCGCUCCCCUCCACCCGCGCCCACCCUUCCACCUCGACGGAGAUGCGCUACUUAUAAGAGGUUUAGAACUCUCCCAUGCCGACAAUUAUACGUGCGUGGCGGAGAACCCUCACGGUUCGGACUCGGCUACUUGGCGUGUGAUAGUCCUGCGACCUCCUGCUCCUCCAGGCCUUGCCUUACUUGAAGCAAGGUCUAGGGAACUAGAACUUGAGAUCAGACCGGCGCCCAGAGCACCUGGACAUGCUAUCCCCAAGACGUAUACCUUGCACUGGCGUUUGGCGUCACCAGAGGGUGAAUGGCGAAAACAAUUAGCUAGUCCCGGUCCAGUCACACUGUCAGGUCUCAGAUGUGGCUCCGCAUACCGAGCUUACGGCGAAGCUGGAGGUGCUCCCGGACCUGAAUUGGCGGUCAGGACGUCUGGUGGCCCGCCCACAGCUCCCCCAGAUGUCAGAUGGAUCAGGGCUAAUGCGACACAUGCGAAGUUUGAUACGAGCGCUUGGACUGACGGUGGAUGCGGUCCCGUCGCGUUGAAACUGGAAUGGGCAGGGUCUGGAGUGGCCGGCGCUAGGGAUGUACCUGUUGGAGGAGAAGUUAUUUUGGGAGGUCUGACUCCUGGGUCACGGUACCGCGUGGCCGCUCGCGCGUCAAACGAGGCGGGUUGGACUCGGGAGGUGUUUGAGUUCGCGACGCAAGCCGCGGACGGCCACCUGGCUGAAGAGGUCGAUGCCCCCUUCCCCGCUACUGCCGGCGAGCUGGCGCUGCUACUCGCUCUGUGCGCUGCACUCUCACUCGCCGCGCUCACUAUCCUCGCCAUUUUGUUGCGAAGGAAAAGGACUGACGGUGCGGUAGCAAGAGUAUCGACGAGCGCUGAGAAGCCUCCAUGCGGGACCUACAGAGCACCACAGCAUCAAGCCACCAAGUUACCUCCCGACCCGCCAGAUGUUUACGAGAUAAGUCCAUACGCGACGUUCGCUGGGGGCGCGGGCGUGACCGCGGGCGGGGGCGCGCGCGCCUACACGCUGCAACUGCGGGCGCUCGCGCGGCACGAUGACGACGCCGCUCCCCCGCAGCACCCCGCCUGCUGCGACGAAGAAACGUGCGUGGAUGCCUGCGAUGCUCAACGCCGACGGAGACGCCGACGACAUUACUGCCCCGACCACGGUUGCUCACAAGAUUCAGGAAGUUGAGAAACAAAACUGCCAAAUUGUUUAGUGAAAAAUAUCUAGUCAGUGUAAUAAUAUAGUUAAUUCGGUUAUACAUAU